UUUUUCAUCCAAAAUAAUCAAAAGAUAAAACAGCACAAUUUACAAAGCCAUCCGCCGUUGGUCAACUGAAUCGUUCCGAUAUCGAAUUUCCAAUCGAUGGAGGACGGUACAAUCAGCAUAGCACGACGUACAACAAUUCAAAGCCAAGUCAGCGACCGUGUGAAACUCAACGUCGGAGGCAAGCUCUUUGAAACAACAGUAUCCACACUUCGCUCUGGUGGACCCGAUUCUCUCUUAUCUGCCUUAUCAAACCGGAAUUCCGACGAACCGGUUUUCAUCGACCGGGACCCAGAAAUCUUCUCGGCUCUCUUAGCUCUUCUCCGGUCUAAUCGUCUCCCUUCGACCGCAAAACGAUUCUCCAAUCAAGAGCUCAUCGACGAAGCUGUUUACUAUGGAAUUGAAUCACAGCUCAGAUCUGCACUCGCUCCGAGUCAACUCAGCGGAAUCGACGCGUCACUUUUUUCGACCAUCCGCCCCUCGUCUGACGGCGUUGUAACGGACUUUAACGCCGUUGAUUCUGACGCCUCCGUUUGGGUCGCUCAUGGAGGGCAGGUUUCGGUUUACGAUUGGAGUUUGACCCAUACCGAAACUAUUCGUACCCAUCUUGAUUACAUCAGCUCGAUUCGGAAGGUUGGACCCGAUUUGGCGGUUGUCGGGUCUGAAUUCGAGUCGGGGCUCCAUUUUUAUAACUUGGCUAAUGGACGUAGAGUUGGGUCUGUCGAAUGGACCGACCCGUCUGACCCGAGAAUCUACAAGGCAAAAGUCAACGCGGUUGUUGACUCGCCGGACUCUGUCUUUGCGGCCUUGGAGUGUCAGCAUAGAGAGAAUUGUGUUUUGAGUAUCGACAAGUGUACGAUGAAAGCAGUUUUGGAGUUGGGAAGGCAAUCUGGGAAUUCGGCGAAGUCAACGGUUGUCGGAAAGUUGACUUUUCUGCCGGAGAUUAAUGCUCUAGUCGGCGUUUCAGUGACUGCCGGAGCUUUUGGUUACUCCGGUUACGUGCGGUUGUGGGACCCCAGAGCAGGGGACGUUGUGUGGGAGACGAAUGAACCUGGGUCGGGUCGGAGCAGCCGGUUUGGUGACUCAUUUGCUGACAUUGACUUUGACCGGGACCAGUUGACCAUGUUCAAGAUAUGUUCAAAGUCUGGUGAUUUGGCAGUGGCAGAUCUUCGUAAAUUGAGUGAAGAUCCAUGGGUGUAUUUGGAAGAGAAAAAUCCAUGUAUGAGGCAUGUUGCAAGUGGUGGAAGCAAUAUUUUACUUCACUGUUAUAGAAAGCAGGUGUUUGUCGGAAGAGGGGGAGAGUUGGAGGUGUGGUCAAGAAUGGUGGAGAAAGAAAGUGAUGUUGAGAGGGAAAUGGUGUUGCAUGGAGGGUUGUAUAGGAGGAAUUAUAUGGAUAAAGUGGAGGAUGCUGAAAGAGGGAUCAUAAAGAAGAUUGAGGGAGCUGGUGAUAGGCUGUUUGUUACUAGAGAAGAUGUUGAGGGUAUUGAGGUGUGGCAAAGUUCUCAAUUUUCUGGUGCUGUUUUAAAUUUGUGAUCAUCUAGAGCUGUGAGCUUUGCAUCCUGUGUGAGCUCACAUUGCUGGUUUCAUGUCCGAAUAGAGGAGAUGCUUGCAAUAGGUUGACGAUUAUAGUAAAGUUAGAAGCCGGCAUGAGCUAUUUUGAGAUCGAGCAUGGUAGUUGUUAUUGUUGUUGUAUCGUUUUGAGUUGUCUGAACUGCAGUUGUCAUCAAUGGGUUGCAGUAGGUUGACGGUCAGAGUAAACUUAGAUGGUCAGAGUAAACUUAGAAGCCAACCCGAAUUAGUUUGAGAUUUAGCAUAGUUGUUGUUGUAUCUUUUUUAGCUGUCCGACUGCAACUUGCAAUGAUCAUCAACGAAAUGAAUUGCGUAUUUGGUGAUUGCUUUGAAUGUCAUGUUGAUCAAUAAAGAAACAAUAUGCAAAGGUUAAUAUGAUUAUGAUAAUGAACUGAUAGUGGAUUCCUGGUGAUCCCUUCUGGACAAGAUGUUGAUCAUCAAAAACAAUGUGGAAAGGUGCUAUGCUGUCAUAAAACGAAAUGAAUAUGGAUUCUUGGUGACUUGUGUAUCCUGUUUAUCGAGAAAGAAUGAUAUCCAAGGGUGUUAAAAUAGUUGUAUCAGAGGUUCAAACACCAAGGCUCAUUGUGUUGUCUUGUUAGACUCUAUGGACUACGAGCAAGAAGGAGAAGAAGUUACCUGGUGAUAGAAGUUGAGUGUUCCCAAACCAGUAAUAUUCUUGAUGCUCAGGUUGCAUGCCUGCAAACAGCUGAGCUACAAUCUUGGAGAUCUCUAUGGUGUGGCAACCUCUUGAUUCUUGUGUUUCUGGUUGAGCCAUCGCCAGUGGUGUAUUUUGAAGAUGUAAAUUUGUGAAAUUAAAAGCCCCUAUUCUUGCCUGAAUCCUCGUAUGUUUAUGGUGUCGAUAUGUUGAUAUUAGGCUAUGAUACUGCUUCAGGAAGUAAAUGUUGUAUUUGGAGCAGGGGUUAGGAGUUUGCUGUGAUUUGGUUGACAGACCUUAUUUGACGGUGUCGGUUAAUGCAUUCUGAAUCUACUGUGGUGUAAUCUUACUGGAGCCAAAGGAUUUGUACAAGGACGGACCACUUUAACAUUAGUAUCCUGAUAAACUUCAGGAGCAGAAUUCUGAAUGCCUUAGCUUUAAAUUGUGUAGCUAGUAGCGAUCUUCUCUAUUCUUUGACAAUAUCAUACAAUGUUCCAAUGUAAUUUUCUACCUUUCUCUUUCUUUCGUC